AUGUCGUGCUACCAGUGCCUCCCUCCAGCCCACCAGGCCCCCCUGCCCACGCUGCCCCCCGGCAGAGCCCCCGCCGCGCCCGCCUGGCACUCCACGCCGUGCAUCGCCCAGAGCGUCACCCGCCGCAUCAACCAGCACCAGGGGGUGACCCAGUGUGUGCCCCAGCAGCAGCGGGGGGUGCCCCCCCAGCACCCGCCCCUGUCCCAGCGCGUCCUGCAGCAGCCUCGGUGCGUGACAACGUGUGUGCCCACGGGCGUGACCGGCGUGUGCCAGCACCAGGGGGUGACCCAGUGCGUGCCACAGCAGCGGGGGGUGACCCAGAGCGUGCCCCAGCAGCGGGAGGUGACCCAGAGCGUGCCCCACCAGGGUCCCCCCGUGGCCGCGCCCCUUCAGCAGAGUUCACCCCGCUGCGUCACCAUGUGCGUCCCUCGGCGUCCCUGCGGCGCCAAGGGGGUCCCUCAGCACCAGGGGGCCACCAGGUGCGUCCCCCAGCAGUGUGUGACCACCCUGUGCCCCCAGCAGGGCGUGCCCAGGUGCGUCACCACCUGCGUCCCCCAGCAGCGGGCGGCCAAGGGGGUGACGUACCGGUACGUGACCUCGCGGGCCCCCCAGCAAAGUGUCACCUCCUCCUGCGUCCCCCAGCAAAGUGUCACCUCCUCCUCCUACGUGCCCCAGCAGUGGGCCUCCAGGUGUGUGACCAAGUGUGUCCCCCAGCAGAGUGCCACCGGCUGUGCCUCCCUUUGUGUCCCCCAACAGCAGCAUGUGACCAAGUGUGUCCCUCAGCAAAGUGCCACCAAGUGUGCCUGUUAUCAGAGUGUGACCAAGUGUGUCCCUCAGCAAAGUGCCACUAAGUGUGUUCCUUACCAGAGUGCCACCAGGUGUGUCCCUCAGCAAUCUGGGGUAAGUUAUGCCCCUUAUCAGAGCGUGGCCAAGUGUGUCCCUCAGCAAAGUGCCACCAAGUGUGCCUGUUAUCACAGUGUGGCCAAGUGUGUCCCUCAGCAGCAAAGUGCCACCAAGUGUGUCCCCCAGCAGUCUGGGAUAAGUUAUGCCCCUUAUCAGAGCGUGGCCAAGUGUGUCCCCCAGCAGCAAAGUGCCACCAAGUGUGUCCCUUGCCAGAGUGUGACCAAAUGCGUCCCCCAGCAGCAAAGUGCCACCAAGUGUGUCCCACAGCAGUGUGCCACCAAGUGUGUCCCCCAGCAGCAAAGUGCCACCAAGUGUGCCUGUUAUCAGAGUGUGACCAAAUGUGUCCCUCAGCAAAGUGCCACCCAGUGUGUCCCCUAUCAGAGUGUGACCAAGUGUGUCCCUCAGCAGCAAAGUGCCACCAAGUGUGUCCCUUGCCAGAGUGCCACCAAGUGUGUCCCCCAGCAGUCUGGGACAACUUAUGUCCCUCAGCAAAGUGCCACCAAGUGUGCCUGUUAUCAGAGUGUGACCAGGUGUGUCCCCCACCAAAGUGCCACCAGCUGUGUCCCUCAGCAGCAUUAUCAGUCAGGUGGGGUAAAAAUCUCCAGCCACUGCAAAAAGUACGUCUCAGCUCCCAAGUGGCCCUGGUGA